GGACGCGAGCGAGCGAGCGAGCGAGCAAGAGCAAGUGAGCGAGGGAGAAAGAGAGAGAGAGAGAGAGAGAGAGUCGUGACUCGCUCGGGAGAGCGUAGCGUCCACUGCCAUCGGAGUGCGCGAGGAAACGGAUAGUGGUGUAGCCUAGCUCUCUCGUGUGCGCUCGUCUACGAUUGUCGUCCGAGAUUAAGUCAUGGCUCGUACUAAGCAGACAGCCCGUAAGUCCACGGGAGGAAAAGCUCCCCGUAAGCAGCUCGCGACGAAAGCAGCUCGCAAGAGCGCGCCGUCCACUGGUGGAGUCAAGAAGCCCCAUCGUUACAGGCCUGGUACGGUGGCUCUCCGAGAAAUCAGAAGAUACCAGAAGUCGACAGAGUUGCUGAUCAGAAAGUUGCCCUUCCAACGGCUGGUGCGUGAGAUCGCGCAGGAUUUCAAGACCGACCUGCGCUUCCAGAGCGCCGCCAUAGGCGCCCUGCAGGAAGCGUCCGAGGCGUACCUCGUCGGUCUCUUCGAGGACACCAACCUGUGCGCGAUCCACGCCAAGCGUGUCACGAUCAUGCCCAAGGAUAUUCAGCUGGCCCGGCGAAUCCGCGGCGAGCGUGCUUAAGAGAUGCUAUCUAACUCUCAUACAUACCGGUUACGAUUAUUAUUAUUAUUAAUUAUUAUUAUUAUUACUAUUAAUUAUUGCCGUUGGCAAUUGUCAUGGAUGAAGCACUUUCAUUCCAAGCUCUACAUAUGUUUUUAUCCAUAUAGAAUUAUACGAAAUAUGUAACGUGUAUCGGCCGUUCCGUGUCGAAUGGUACAACAUGGAUUAACGCGAGAGAAGCGAUUUACUGUCUUGUCGGAUCGCUCGUCGAGCGGAAUGUAUUCGAUUCAUCAUUUUCGUUUCUUCUCUUCUUGUAACUCUCGAGUGUUUGAUGUCGUUUCAGAAUUGACUUUUUCGUUUUCAUUAACCACUAUCGUUCUGAAUUCACCGUUUAAUGUCAUUCAUUCGUAGUCGUAGGAAGAUCAACGCCGACAUGUUUCAUAAUUGUCUCCCGUGCGCGCGCACGUGCGCAUUGUCAGGGGUUCGAAGGGGGUUCGUCCUUCGUGACGAAGUGCCGCGGGAUGCGUCGUUAAUUUGUCGAGACAAAGCAUAUGCGGCGACUCUCUCGCGAAGAAAAGCGGCGUUUCUUUUGUUUCACUAUCUUCACUAGCCCCUUCCUUCCGCGCCCCUUGUCGUAUCGUCAUUAAUAUUAAGCAUUAACGAUUGUCCAUUAUUAGUACUCGUGGAAAAAGUGUGCAUUAGAAUAAGACUCUCAUAUAGUGACCCGAUGUAGCGUGCUUAACGUACUAUUUUCGAUUGUACUCGAGUCCCAGGUAUGUCGUUUUGGUCACAUAAACAUUGUGUAAAAAUUUAUGUAAAGAUGAUAAACGUUUCGUAAAUAAAUCUUCUAAAUUCGCACAACUCA